AUGAGCGGCCCCUACCCGGAGGAGGGCUGCGGCGAGCGCCCCGACGGCGCCAAGAGCAAGUCGCCCACGCUGCUGUCGUCCUACUGCAUCGACAGCAUCCUGGGCCGCCGCAGCCCCUGCAAGGUGCGGCUGCUGGGCGCCGCGCACAGCCUGCCCGCCGCGCUCGCCGCCCGCCCGGAGCACGAUAAGGCCGCGCAAGGCUCCCCGAAGGGCAGCCCCCCCUUCGAGGCGGCCGAGCUGCACCUGCCCCCCAAGCUGCGCCGCCUCUACGGGCCGGGCGGGGGCCGCCUGCUGCCGCCGGGACCGCGGGGGGACCGCCCCGACGGGCGGCCGGAGGGGGGCGCCGCCGCCGUGCCCCCUGCUGCCGCUGCUGCGCCCGCCGCCGCGGCCGCCCCGUGGGACACGCUGAAGAUCAGCCAGGCGCCGCAGGUCAGCAUCAGCCGCAGCAAGAGCUACCGCGAGAACGCGCCCUUCGUGGCCCCGCCGCCCGCCCUGGACGAGCUGGGGGGCGGCGGCGCGGCGCACGUCGAGGAGCGGCCCGGCCCCGCCGCGCCGGCCGCCGAGGAGGAGGAGGAGGAGGAGGACGAGGAGAUGCUGGAGGAGGAGGACGAGGAGGAAGAGGAGCUGGAGGAGGAGGACGAGGAGGAGCUGCUGGGCGAGGACGGCGGGGGGCUGCUGAAGGAGGCCCGCCGGGGCGCCGCCGCGGCCCCCGGGGCGGAGGGCGGGGAGCUGUCCCCCAAAGAGGAGCUGCUGCUGCACCCCGAGGACGGCGAGGGCAAGGACGGCGAGGAGAGCGUGUGCCUCUCGGCCGGCAGCGACUCCGAGGAGGGGCUGCUCAAGAGGAAGCAGCGCCGCUACCGCACCACCUUCACCAGCUACCAGCUGGAGGAGCUGGAGAGGGCCUUCCAGAAAACCCACUACCCCGACGUCUUCACCAGGGAGGAGCUGGCCAUGAGGCUCGACCUGACCGAAGCCCGAGUGCAGGUAUGGUUCCAGAACCGUAGGGCUAAGUGGCGGAAGAGGGAAAAGGCUGGGGCUCAGACACACCCCCCAGGUUUGCCUUUCCCUGGUCCCCUGUCAGCAACUCACCCCCUCAGUCCAUACCUUGAUGCUAGUCCUUUCCCUCCUCAUCACCCAGCUCUAGACUCCGCCUGGACCGCCGCCGCCGCCGCCGCCGCGGCCGCCGCCUUCCCCAGCCUGCCCCCGCCGCCGCCCGGCUCCGCGGCGCUGCCCCCCGGCGGGACCCCGCUCGGCCUCGGCACCUUCCUGGGGGCGGCCGUGUUCCGGCACCCCGCCUUCAUCAGCCCCGCCUUCGGCAGGCUCUUCUCCACCGUGGCCCCCCUGGGCAGCGCCUCCAGCGCCGCGGCGCUGCUGCGGCAGCCGGCGCCGGCCGCCGAGGGGGCGGUGGGCUCGGCGGGGCUGGGGGACCCGGCCAGCGCCGCCGCCGACCGGCGGGCGUCCAGCAUCGCCGCCCUGCGGCUGAAGGCCAAGGAGCACGCCGCCCAGCUCACCCAGCUCAACAUCCUCCCCGGGAGCAGCACGGGGAAAGAGGUGUGCUAA